AUGGCAUCCCAGUUUUCGGCUUUGAUUCAACAUCGAUUCUCGUACUGUUUAGCCCCUUUUGAUGAUGUAACCCCUCGUCCUUUGGUUUUAAGGUUUGGAGAAGACAUUCCACAACUGCCUCCACAAAGUGUUGGAUCAACACAGUUGAUAGCCUCUCCCACAUCUUAUUUUUUCUACUUGGGAUUGAAAGACAUAUCUGUUGCAGACUCUGGAGCUUUGUUCACUCAUAUUGAUGCUGAUGCACUGGGAGGGAAUGCAUAUGCUGAAGUACUAAAGGGGCAAGUCCAGAAGGAUUUGAACUAUGUAGAGCGUCCACCAAAUUUUGAUGAAUUUGCAACUUUAACGUUCCAUUUUGAUGAAUCUGUUUACACCGUCAAUGGGCAAUAUAUGCAUGUUAUUGCCCCUAAUUUUUUCUGCGUAGGAAUAUUAAAAGGAAGUUCGGUUUCUGUUCUUGGAGCAUGGCAGCAACAAAAUAAACGUAUCAUUUACGAUGGGGGAAGGGGUGUACUCGAAUUUGCUGAUGAAAAUUGUAUGAAUGAUAUUGCAUGA